AUGAAGAGAACGAGAGCAAGUGCAAUGUUGCUACUAACCGUUCUCCUCUCCAUUACUCUCUCCUCCGCCUUCGCAGCAAGAUCGCUGGCCGAAACCCUAGCCACGUCAUCGCUGACCCCGCUUCCCGUCCUCGACGUGAACGGGAAAGUGGUUCGGUCGGGAUCCAACUACUACGUCCUGCCCGCAGUCAGCGGGGAAGGCGGCGGGGUAGCUCUGGCUAGCCUGACCAAAGAUUCGGAGAGCUGCCCGCAAACCGUGGUGCAGGACCAGGACGAGAUCUCUCAGGGUAUCCAGCUCACUUUUGCGCCCGUCAACACCAAGUCAGGCUACACGGUCCGCACUUUUACCGACCUAAACGUCCGGUUCGUGGCGGACACGCCAUGUGAGGAGGGCACGGUGUGGAAGGUGGAGGACUACGACGACGAUGUGCAGCAGUGGUUCCUGGGGACGGGUGGGGUCGAAGGGAACCCCGGUCCGAGGACGGUGAAGAACUGGUUCAAGAUAUGGAAGUACGGGUCGAACUAUAAGCUGACGUAUUGUCCAGCGGUUUGCAAGUCGUGCAAGGUCGACUGCAAGGAUGUCGGGAUUUACGUGGAUGAGAAUGGUGGGAGGAGGUUGGCUCUUGUUGACAAAGAUGGGGAUCCUUUUGUGAUCAAGUUCGUCAAGGCUGAUUAG